AUGUCGAACUCUCGAAAUAGCACGAGACCGAUGCUUGCUCCGGGCAGCAGAAAACGAAGUGGUAGUACGACCGACGAUUACCAACCCACGACACCGCGACUUAACGCGCGCUUCUCCGAUCAUCCCGCUGAAGAAAUCCUCGCCGAAGAGUCGACUUCAAAUACUCCGACCAGAGGAACUUUCAAGUUUCCCGCCGACAACUCGAUUGGCUCCGAACAACAUGGCGACAACACUGGUGUGACACGCGAAAACUCACGGCGCUCAGUACAUUCGCAUCAGUCCAGCGAUUCGCAGGAUAUCGAUAUGGGCGAUGACGACGAUGACGGACACGAUCAAGCAGGGUCGGACAACGAGAGCGACGACGACGAGAAGCCUUCAAGAAAGAAGAAGAAGGGCCAGAGAUUCUACUGCACCGACUUCCCACCAUGCAACCUCAGCUUUACUCGCAGCGAACAUCUGGCUCGGCAUAUCCGAAAACACACGGGUGAACGCCCCUUCGAGUGCCACUGUUCCCGACGAUUUUCUCGGCUCGACAACCUGCGCCAGCAUGCCCAGACCGUUCACGUCAACGAAGAGAUCCCCGGCGACUCUCUUGCAGCGACUGGUACCAGGUUCCAGAGACAGAUUCGCACAGACCGCGUCCGCCCGCCGAAUGUGAGGCCCAGAGCAUCAACAGCCAGCAGUGGUGGACAUGGGCACGGUGCGUACAGCAGAGGGCAUAGUAGGAACCUGUCAGCCUCGAGCGUCCUCUCGACAACAUCCAGCCUUGCCAUGUCGGAUAUUGGAGAGAGUCGCCCACGCCCCUCUCCCUUGAUGCUCAACCAGGACCCCGUAGCAAGAGCAAGGCUGAGUCUGGAUACUUUCAAUCCAGCCAUACCCAAUAAUGGUCCCCAGUUUGGCUACUACCAGCAAGCGCCCAGUGGGUACAGCUCUCCGACUUCGUCAACCUUCUCUACUGGCGAGGGUAGCCCAAGGUUCCAGGCCACCAUGCAGUCGCCAUCUCUGCCUAUCGCUAGGUCGUCGUUCUACAACGGCAGCAGAACACCCUCUCGUCGUCUGUCUGUACCUUCGGGCAUCAGCCCUUACUCACCACAGACAGCAACCUACCAGCCCGUCUACUUCGCUCCUCUGCCCUCGGGCCCAACGCCCCAAUACUCGAACACAAACAGCAUGGUCGCUAGCCCCACCGCUUCCACCUUCUCACACCAACGUCGCGAGUCUGAUGCCGAGCUCGAAUGGAGAAGAAGAACAUGGCAUCCUGGCACCCAUGCCAGCUACGCCAGUCGUCCUGCGACAAGUGGUUUGGCUUACAACCAGACUCCUGAUGACGCUGCGCCUGCUGCAAGCUCUCAGCCAGCAGCAAGCCAGAUUACCAGACUUCCUGGUAUCGAGAGCUUUGAUCAUGUUCCUCCUUCUGCUGCUCCAGCACGCAAUGUCACCAGCCCAAUGCAAGUCGAUUCCGGCCGCCGCCCUUCCGUUGUGUCGGGUCCAGUUGAGGUUUCCGCUUCAGUUCCUGGAGACCGAAGAAGUACAGGUUGGGAGCACAAUCUCCACCACAACCUGAACAGAUUGGAGAUCGCCCAAGCAUCCACCCACCCUCCCGUGGACCCGUCUCGCAUACUCCCAAGCCAGCGUCCAACCACGGCACCUCACUCUGGACUGCACCAGCAGCCUGCUCCUGGCUACGCAUUGCCGCAACUGCAGCCACCCGUCGAUAUCCGUCCCGCUGCGGAUGAGCGUGCAAACAAGCGCCAAGGCUGGUACGGUGGUCCAAUGGGCCCGCCUCAGGGAAGUCAGCCGAUCAUGAUCGCACACCGCACUUCACCCGAGUCCAGCAGCAGUGAAGGCAUCCCGACACCCUCGACCUCUCAAGGUAGAGAACUGCACCCAGCCAUCAUGCAUGCAAAUGGCAUGGUCGAACUUCAGCCUCCCGAUGCUGUGCUGACUGAUGAGCAAAGGGCCCUUCAAGCUCAGUUCCAAGGCAAACCAGAGCCUAUCAGAGCAGACUCUGGAUUCCACAGCUACGUGCACAUGCCUGGUCAAGCACCUAAUGUAUACAUGAUGCAAGCUGGUCACAACAUGCAGAUGCAGCAGUCUCCUGAAUGGCGUCCUGCACCUGUCAACCAGAGAGCCAACCCUGAUAUGGGCAGACUCGAGGCACUCGUCGCCGUCGCCACUAGUGAGAACCGCGCCGUUGAACACCGCCGAUGA